ACGUAAGACCAAUGUAGACUUAGUUGUGCAGCCUUUAAUCCCCAGAGUGUGUAUUGCAAUGCGGAGAAGCAGAAUAGCAAUAAAAAGUAUUCAAAACAGAAAAUAGUUGGUCGACAGACUACAUACAUUCAAAUCAUUAGUGACUAUGAAGCUGUUUUUCUUGCUGUGGAUUCUGCCUGUAACUUUAGGAGACAGUCAUGUCACCUGUAUCUAUUCUGAGGAAUGUAUGUUACCUUGCACAUCCACAUACUUUGAUAUCAUCCACUGGUAUUUGGAUAAAAAAGCGGUGCAUUCAUUUUUCCUCAAUAAAGACCAGCUGGACUAUCAGCACGAGGACUACAAGGGGAGAACAUCCCUGUUGUCAGAAUCUGAAAUUAAAAAUGGAAAUAUAUCCCUCUUGAUAAGAAACAUCAGGGUUCAAGAUGAAGGCAGAUACAGGUGCUACACUGCUGAUGAUAAAACAAAUGAUGAGAAGUAUGUGUUUGUGUCUGUGGAAGCUCCAGUUAAAUCAGUGGAUAUCACAUUAAAAGAUGAUACAGUCAUCUGCACCAGCAGUGGAGUUUAUCCAGAACCAGAAGUCUUGUGGUCCUCAGACCCUCCAGCGAUGGAGCCACUGAACACUGUCAGCCGAACAGAAGAUCAUCUGUUUACAGUCACAAGUCAACUUAAAGUGGAUGUCAUCACAGAUACCUACACAUAUAUCUGCUCCAUAACUACUAAAGAUACACGAUAUACAGCUAGUCUGAAACAACAAGCUGCUUCAGAACUCUCUGAGAAUGAGUUCACUUUCGAAUGUCCAGUCACUAAGGACUUCAACUACACUCUCACCUUGAGUUUUUCCAGCACCGUCCUGAAAUAUGACAGUAAAACUUCUAUGGAAGAAAUAUCUGAGCAGUGGAGAGACAAGGUUACCUUUCAUCCAGAAAAUGGAACCAUUAAACUCUCUCAUCUUAAUCAAGAGCAACUGGGAACAUACACAUGUGAAAGCACUACAGCCCAGUACAGAUACAUUACACACACCAAACUCCCGUCAAGAGGUGUAGGAACUGAAGUCAUAAAUAUCUGAUGCUGCUCCACCAACAGACCAUAUAAAAUACCAAAAAUAUGUUUAAAACAUUAGCUAGAAUUAUGAACACACAAUAUUGACAGAUGGAUCUGCAGAGAAUCAUAUUUCUGUAAGUCAUCAAGAAAUUAUGAUACUAUAAUAUAAGAAAUAUGAGGUAAUUGUGUGGAUACAUAUUUCUUCAAAUGUGUGUAAAGUACUGUGACCAAAAAUAAAUGGGAGUAAACGUGACU